AUGCGCCCGCCGCCCGAUUGCCGACCCUCAGUAGGAGCUUCGGCUCCCAAAGGCACGUGUCGUUGGCUAAGUCCGUUCGGCGGAAGCGCCGUUCGGACCGCCUUGAAUUAUAAUUACCACCGAGCGGCGGGUAGAAUCCUUUGCAGACGACUUAAAUACGCGACGGGGUAUUAUCCCAUUCACUAUCCUAUUUCAGGACGUGGGGAGGAAGGGAGGAAGGAAGGAUGA